UAUUUUUUAUCAGCCAUUCGUCACAGUUCGUCUCAUCAUUUCACUUGAAUCUAGUGGUUGUUAUUGUGCAAUUUUUCCUAAUCAGUAAUUUCAGUUUAACUUGUUCUUGAAUUAUCAUAAACUAGAAUCUCAAAAAAAAACCAACCUUUCCAAAAUGAUGAACAAUCCAUUAGGAACUGAAAACGAAGAAGUAAUAUGCCCCUACGACAUUGUCCAUAUAAUCAAACGCGGUCGCAUGCAAGGACAUUUGAUGAAAUGCCGAAGAAACUACAAAAAUGUCCCACUAGUCGAAUGUCCAUUCAAUAUUACCCAUCGAAUAAAUAAACCUGAAUUGGAUUGGCAUGUACAAAUUUGCCCCGAUAGGAAAUCCUUUGAGAAUUUCAAAUUUACUGUGGCACCAAAUUCGCGUUCAAUUCCAUCUCCAGUCAAUGUUAUGCCCGAGAUUGAAACCACCGAAAAUUGGGACGAUGAAGAAGAUGUUCCAACGUAUGAUCCAAAAGCAUACGCAGCCAAUGCCCCGGUUUUGAGAUUAUGUCAAAAUGCUCCGCCUUUGGAACGGAAGUUUUUCCGUAAGGCUGAGCAUUUGCGAUUGAAACGAUUGGAAGAUUAAGCUAAAGCUAGCUAAAAACCAAAGAGCUUGAAAACCUUGACUAAAUCUUGAAUUAAUACUAUUUUCUUUUUUACUUUUUUGAGAGUUGAUAUAUAAGUAUAUUUACUGAGUGUUUAUUUUUAGUAAUUAAUAAUAAAUGUUUAAGAUAACAUAGAAAA